AUGCUGAAAGUCACCAUGCCCUCCUCCUCUUCAUCCUCCUCUUCAUCCUCCUCUUCAUCCUCCUCUUCAUCCUCCUCUUCAUCCUUGGCCGCCGGCCGCCCCGGAUCCUCCACGCCCGACUACUGGAUCGAUGGCUCCAACAAGGACACCCUGGCCCACUACUUCGACCUGGAGUCCGAGCUGGGACGUGGGGCUACAUCCAUUGUCUACAGAUGCAGACAGAAAGGGACUCAGAAACCUUACGCCAUCAAAAUGUUGAAGAAGACAGUAGAUAAGAAAAUUGUUCGCACAGAAAUUGGAGUUCUUCUUCGCCUUUCACAUCCAAACAUUAUAAAACUGAAGGAGAUAUUUGAAACGCCUACAGAAAUCAGUCUAAUUCUGGAACUGGUCACAGGUGGAGAACUAUUUGACAGGAUUGUGGAAAAAGGUUACUACAGUGAACGAGAUGCUGCUGAUGCUGUUAAACAAAUCCUGGAGGCAGUUGCUUACCUGCACGCAAAUGGGAUUGUGCAUCGUGACUUGAAGCCAGAAAAUCUGCUCUAUGCAACACCAGCACCAGAUGCGCCACUAAAAAUCGCUGACUUUGGACUUUCCAAGAUUGUGGAAGAUCAGGUGACCAUGAAGACAGUUUGUGGAACUCCAGGGUAUUGCGCACCAGAGAUACUACGGGGAUGUGCCUAUGGCCCUGAGGUGGAUAUGUGGUCUCUGGGGAUUAUCACCUACAUCCUACUUUGUGGCUUUGAACCAUUUUAUGAUGAAAGGGGAGACCAGUACAUGUUUAAGAGAAUCCUGAAUUGUGAAUAUGACUUUGUGUCCCCAUGGUGGGACGAUGUGUCUCUGAAUGCCAAGGAUUUAGUUAAAAGGUUGAUUGUCUUAGACCCCAAGAAACGCCUCACCACUCUACAGGCUUUGCAGCACCCAUGGGUGACAGGAAAAGCAGCAAAUUUUGCACAUAUGGACAAUGCACAGAAGAAACUUCAAGAAUUCAAUGCCCGGCGCAAGCUUAAGGCUGCAGUAAAAGCUGUGGUGGCAUCAACACGCCUCGGCAGUGCCAGUGGUCACAGUGCACAUGACAGCAACAAGCACAGCCAUAACCCAUCUCCUGUCCAUGAUGGCAAACCUGAAAAGAAACCCACUCAGGAAGCAGAAGCAGCUGCAGAAGAAAUGUCUUAG